GACGUCAGACCUGGCGCCGCUCCGCUCUUGUGUGACCCGAUUUUGAGAGCUCCACCGCCAAUACGACGAGACUUAACCUCCUCAGAGCUUGGCAGCCGACCGAAUUCGGAAGGAUCAAGAGAAAUCGCUACUGUGGCACCACCGGGAUGUCAUAGAACUCUAACACUUGGCAUGAGGGCACAAGCGGUGGAUUUGGAUGAUCUUGCAAACUUGCGGGAAGAUCGGACGACGUUGAUGAUGAAGAGGGUGCCUCGAAAAUAUUCAUUGGCGCUUCUUCGCGAGGAAAUUGCAUCUUUCCCAGGCCUCAGUGACAGCUACGAUUUGCUGUAUCUACCAGCCGAUGUGUCCAAGAAUGCGAAUAGAGGCUAUGCAUUUAUCAAUUUGAAAUCUAUUAGUCACGUAUACAUCUUUGCAAGCAUGCUACAGGGACGAGAAGAUACUCUGCAGCAUCUAACUCAAGAACGUCAUCCUUUAUAUACGCUUCAGCAACGGAGGAGACGUCAGAACUACGGAGCGGGGGCUGAACUGGUCUUAUU